AUGCCUUCAGUCCUUGCUACCUCCCUCGUCGCCCUCUCGCUCGCUGCGGUGGGGUAUGCGACCCCGCUCUCGACGCACCCCUAUGAGCUACCACGCGAGCGGGCGUCGCUGUCAUUCGCGCCCCUGGUCGCUGCGGACCACCCGCACGGAACGGUGAACAACUCGUACAUCGUCAUGCUGCGCGACGACCUGCCGUCUGCGCUUAUGCAGAACCACUUCAACUUCCUGCAGAAUGUCCAGCAGGCGCACCCGCUCAUGGACGACCUCGAGGGCGGCCUCCGUCAUGUGUAUGACGGUCACAUCAAGGGUUACUCCGGCAAGUUCAGUGAAGGCACCGUCGAGCGGAUACGACAGAUGCCUGAGGUCGAGUACAUCGAGAUGGACCAGAUUGUGCGCACGCUCGAGAUCGACGCUGGUGCCGAGGGUGGUCUUGCACGGAUAAGUCACCGCACCAGAUUGACAUUUGGUACCUUCAGAAAGUACGAGUACGACCCGCAUGGUGGUGAGGGCGUUGAUGUCUACGUCAUCGACACGGGUGUCAACGUUGCACACACCGAAUUCGAGGGCCGCGCUAGCUGGGGCCUCACUGUCCCUCAGAACGAUGUCGACGAGGAUGCGAACGGCCACGGCACGCACUGCGCUGGAACCAUCGCUUCCCGCAAGUACGGCGUUGCCAAAGCCGCCAACGUCAUCGCCGUCAAGGUCCUUGGCAGCAACGGCAGCGGCACCAUGAGUGACGUCGUUGCAGGUGUUGUCUAUGUUGCGAAGCAAGCUAAGGCCAAGGCUGCGGCCGCACUCAAGGAGCUUCAGGAGACUGGCAAGACGUCGCACAAGGGUUCUGUUGCCAACAUGUCCCUCGGUGGCGGCAAGUCCAAGGCUUUGGACGACACUGUCAACCGCGCUGUUGACAAUGGUGUUCACUUUGCUGUUGCUGCUGGCAACGAUAACAGGGAUGCCUGUGGCAACUCGCCCGCUGCUGCUGAGAAGGCCAUCACUGUCGGUGCUUCUACGCUCGGUGAUGAGCGGGCCUACUUCUCCAACCACGGUCCUUGUGUCGAUAUCUUCGCCCCUGCAGGUCUGAACAUUCUUUCCACCUACAUCGGCAAUGAGAACGCCACCGCCACGCUGUCUGGCACGUCGAUGGCGUCCCCCCACACUGCUGGCAUACUAGCAUACCUCCUUUCGAUCUACCCCAGCACGACGUUCAACCCGCAUGUGGCAGCCGACCUGACGCCCGCCUCCCUCCAGGAGCAGCUCGCGACGCCGUCGUUCGCUGGUAUCUACGCCCUUGCACACCGUGUGCUACCCAGCUGGGUCGCGACGUUCCUCCCGCCGCCGGCGCUCGUCGAGGAGGCCAUCGCCCCCGUCCCGCUGCCCCCUACACUGACGCCCAAGCAGCUCAAGCUUGCAUUGAUUGCGCUCGCGACUGAGAACGUCCUCAACACAGUGCCGAAGGGCACGCCCAACCUGCUCAUCUUCAACAACGCGACAGCGUGA